AUGCCUGCAUGGUUCAAGAAGGUGUGGUAUGGGCUGGCGUCUCUACUCAGUUUCUCUUCCUUCCUUCUGAUCAUAGUCGCCUUGGCUCUGCCUCAUUGGUUGAGCGGGAAAAUCUUGUGUCAGACUGGAGUGGAUUUGGUCAAUGCCACAGACCCAGAACUGGUCAAAUUCAUCGGGGACAUUUACUACGGGCUCUUCCGAGGCUGCAAGGUGCGGCAAUGUGGACUCGGGGGCCGCCAGUCCCAGUUUACAAGUGAUCUUCCGCAUCUGGUGAAGGAGCUCAAUGCAGGCCUGCACAUCACUAUUCUCUUGCUCCUCUUCCUGGCCUUGGCCCUGGCUCUGGUCAGCAUGGGCUUUGCUAUUCUCAACAUCAUUCAGGUCCCCUACAGAGCGGUCAAUGGCCCUGGUGGCAUCUGCCUUUGGAAUGUCCUUGCAGGUGGCGUCGUGGCACUAGCCAUCAGCAGCUUCAUGGCUGCGGUGAGAUUUCAUGACCUGACAGAAAGGAUCGCCAACUUCCAGGAGAGGCUUUUUCAGUUCGUAGUGGUGGAAGAACAGUAUGAAGAAUCAUUUUGGAUCUGCGUGGCAAGUGCCUCGGCCCACGCGGCAAACUUGGUCGUGGUGGCCAUUAGUCAAAUUCCCCUCCCGGAAGUCAAGACUAAAAUGGAAGAGGCUACAGUUACCCCCGAGGACAUCUUAUACUGA